UUUCAGUGUAUCUCGUGCUCUCGUGUUAGUUGUUUGUGCUGAAUAUUAUCAUUUUUAAUCGCGUUUAUAAACCACAUUCCUGUCAUUAGCCGGUGAUGUGACCGGCAUUGAAAAGUGUCGUGUAUUAUAAAAAUUUUCGGACACAAAUGUCCUUUUAAUUCAAGUCAAUAGAAUUUAUCUCCUUCUUUUUUUCAUGUGAAACAAGUUUUUAAAGACAGGUGCAACUUUACCUUUGCAGUGUGUCAAAGACACGCGAGUUCUCUUGGAAAAGUGAAACUCUCUCGCGGAGAUUUAAAAUCAGCCAAAUAUAUGUACCUUCACUCAUGACUGGGAAGUGAGACAAACAUAAAUAAUAACCACAAGGUGAAAUUCAUACUGUUUCAAUCCUCUUCUUUUUUUUUUUUAAACAUUCAUUCAUUUGGAGUUUUCAUUCGUUCCACUUAUAUGUGAAAAAAGAAAGUUUCAAUAAAAACGUGGGAUGAACAUAUGAAGUCUUGACAAUUUAAAUGGAAAUAAUAGAGAUUUGUCAACAGUGUUGUUUUGCCGCCAAACGAUAACAACUAACCUUAAAAAUUCGGAGCCUACAAAAUGUUUUUCAUUUGGCGCGAUAUUACGAUAUAACGUGUUAUGACUGAGUGUAAUGAAGUUUUGUAUACAAAGCUUUAGUGUUUUAGUAAACGUGGGGGUGUGACCGGAAAUAAGUGCGUGGGAGUGAUAAAAAAUUAACGAUUAAUAAUAAUUUGGUGGCUGUAUAUCAGCCAAUUAUAAAGAAUCAGUGUUGAGAUUUAUUGUAACAUUUUGUAUUUUGCUAUAUCGGAGCAAAAAAAAGUGUUGAACCGAAACAAGUGAAUUUGUUACAUUUGGAUGAUAAUUGUUAAUUGGGAGAAAUGUCACGAAAAUUGAAGGAAGAAACAGUGACAUGUUAUGUCAUUGGCUGGAAACUUGACCGUGGAGCUUGUUGAUUUCUUGAAUCAAUGAUCUGAGAGAAAUUUAGUAAACGUGCAGUCGAACACGAGAGAGGAAGAAGGAUAACCUCUCUCUCUCUCUUUCAUCUCCACUGCUAAGCGGAAGUCAUAUGCUCAUACACGCACGUAAAACGGUGAGUUAUAAAAAGCGUGCAGUUUGCGAAGAAAUCGAAAUGGUGGAACUAAGUAGUAGUGGUCAACAGACAGCCAUAGGCGUGAUGGGAAUUGGAUCAGUGAUAUCCGCAGCGACGUCGUCGUCAUCAUCGUCGACGACUACCACUGUGGCGUCAUCGUCGACGUCAGGUCGCGCGGGUAUUCUCGAGACUCAAGUUAGGGGACAAUGGUAUCGUGUAUUUGUCUCACUAGAGGAUGAUUAUUUAACAAUAUCGCUUGACGAUAGCUGUGACAAUCCAACGGGAAUGAAUGGCAAUAUAAAUAAUAAUAAUAUUGACAGUCUUAAUGAUCCCGAUGUACCGGACUCAGUGGCUAAUCAAACAAGAAUAGUGCGCGUUAUGAAAAGUGAUAAUAAUGGUCUUGGAAUAUCCAUUAAGGGUGGGAAGGAAAAUAAAAUGCCUAUUCUCAUUUCAAAGAUCUUCAAAGGAAUGGCAGCGGACGCAACGGAACAACUUUAUGUUGGUGAUGCCAUUUUGGCUGUUAAUGGAGAAAAUUUACAAGAUGCCACGCACGAUGAGGCUGUCAAGGCAUUGAAGAGGGCUGGCAAAGUCGUUGAACUUGAAGUGAAAUAUUUAAGAGAAGUGACCCCCUACUUCCGAAAAGCUUCGAUCAUACAGGAAGUGGGAUGGGAAUUACAACGCGGUUUUCUAAGUGCCACCCCUCCACCACCAAAAUCACCUCCGAGAGCAGACACUCGUUAUCUUCCCCUACAACUGUGUCGACUUACGAGAUCGCACCCUUCAGCAGAUCCCGAGAGUCGAAUUUUGGAACUUCAUUCUCCAGAUGGAGUGCACGAGUGUUGGCUGAGAGCUUCUGACAAUACAGAAGCAAAUGUCUGGUUCAACGCUCUACAUUCGGCACUGGCAGCACUUACCUUGAAAGCCCUAAGACUGGCUUCAGCACUUCCGGAUCCUCCGCAACUUCAGCACAUCGGCUGGCUCGCCAGAAGGCACUGUGUACAGAAUGGACGAGCCAGCAGUGAAAGUAGUGAGGAUGGAGUUGGAAGUAGCGCCAGCACGUCUCGUGGUGCCGGAAGUGGAUUUGGUACCGGGUGUGCAGGCGGAUGGCGAAGCGUCUUUGGAGCUGUUUCCGGUCGUGAGCUAAGGCUCUACGAAUGCGCACCCUGGAGUCCAGAAGCUUGGGCGUCACCAAGUAUUACCUGUCCUCUUAUUGCCACGAGACUCGUUUCUUCAACAACGAGACAAAAUGAGGCCUCGUCAAGUAAUUCGACGUCCCAUCAUGGAGCGACAUUCGCCGUCAGGGUUGGUACCAUUGAUGGGGUAAUAACCCACAAUCUACGGGCAGAAACCAGAAGAGAUUUAGCUGCGUGGGCCAGAGCCAUUGUUCAAGGCUGUCAUACUGCGGCACUUUCCCUUCGUGAAUACACAGUCCGAUGUGUCUGGCAAGGAAGAGCUUGUCAACUAAUUGUCAACCACGAAGAUGGUUUCACCCUCUAUGCGGCUGGAGCAAGAGGUGUUACUGGAUCUGGUGUCAGUCCUGGUUCACCACCUACUCCUCUGUGGCGAAGAUCUUUUGACAAACUCAAAAUGUCAGCUGAUGAUGGUGCAAGACUCCUCUGGCUUGAUUUUGGCGGUGAAGACGGUGAAAUUGAAUUGGACCUAGAAAGCUGUCCGAAGCCAAUAGUAUUCGUUUUGCAUAACUUUCUCUCUGCGAAGAUACAUCGCCUUGGAUUGACUGCAUAGGGGUACGAGGGGGCCCCUCUUGAGGCCCCCGAUCUACCUCCUCACACAACUAGGUCUGUAACUAGCGUCUUUUUACACUAGAAAAAGAAAAAAAAUCGAUAUAAAUAAUAAUAAUAAUUGAAGAGAAAAACAAAAAUCGAUGAAAAUUAUCAGAUCGGGCGGCCGCUUUGUGAUUCAAAAUUGAAAAGAAAAAAACACAGUACAAAGAUCACGAUGAGGAGGUUUAAAAAUAUUUUAUUUUGAGUCACACAACUCGUACCUCAUUAUUAUUUUUAUUUUUUUGUUUUUUUACGAAAAAUCGUAAUCUUUUCUAUUUUUUUUUUUUUUUUUGUUCUUUUCAAGAAAAUUAAUUUAACACUUUUCGGAAAUAUUUUACGUUUUUAAUCUAAUUUUUUUAAAAUAUAUUUCUUUUUAAUUUCUCUUUCUUUUUCACAAAGGAAGAGUUUGUAUUAUUUUAAUAGUAUAUUUAAAAAAUUUUUUUAAUACAAAAAUAAAUUUAUAUUUUAUUUCUUUAUGACUUUCAAGAAUUCCUGUGUCUUUUUUUAUUGAUUCUUAAUUUUUAUUUACUGUAUCUUAAAAAUCUUAUUUUUCUUGUGAUUUUAUAAGAGAAACGCUGUAUUUAUUUAGUUUUUUUUUUAAUAAUAAAAUUUAAUAUUAAGAAAGUAUUAAUAAUAAUUAAUAUUUUAAUUAAUAAUAACAAUUAUUAAAAGUAAAUAAUAAU